AAGAGGGAAGAAGGAGGAAGACGAAGAAGACGGAGAAACAACAACAACAAUAAUUUGUAAACGCUUUCAUUCCUGGGAGACCAUUCAUUUUCCAGUUCACCACCACAGCAGGUGGGCAGAAGUGAAGCUUUACAGCUGAAUGUGACCCGAGGUGAGGUUCUUUUCCCGUCCCGCCCGCUGACCACAUGUCCGGAUUCGACCUCGUCCCGGUGGACGGCGGGGAUCCCAUCCAGCUUCCGCCGGGGGAGACGGUGCUGGGCAGGGGGCCUUUACUGGGAAUCUGUGAUAAGAGGGUGUCCAGACUUCAUGGGCUGCUGGAGAACCUGGACGGGCAGCUACGUCUCAAACCGACCCACCUGAACCCCUGCUUUGUUCAGUCGUCCCUGACCGACGACCCUCGACCCCUGCAGAGAGAUUCCUGGCACCCUCUUCAUCAUGGAGACUUGUUCUCUCUGCUGCCGGGGCACUUCAUCUACAAGGUGGUGGCGGUGGGCGGAGAAGACCGCACUCCCAGAAACAGUCAGAUGUUUGAAGAAGAAGAACUUCCUGUUUCUCCAAAGUCAGAUGUGGAAUCGUCUCCUCGUAUUGGACAGGGCCACGGCCAGACUCCGCCUCGUGAGGAGCCGACACCAGCGGCUCCGUCAAACCAGGAGGAAGCCGACCGUCCCAACAGAAGCUUAAACAAGAGAGACUCUGCACAAGAGGUGGAGGAUGAGAGAAGUGACGUCCCUCCGUCUACUCCCAAGAGAAGAGUUUUACCUGCGUGGAUGAUGGCGGCUGUAGCAGCUCCACACAGCUCUUCGUCCAGCCUGAAAGAAGUAACAAAGAAUUUUCCUGCUAACAGAGAGAUUCCUGUUCAGUCAGCUUUGAAGACAAGUAAAGGACCUGCGGCGGCGUCAACCAGCACGAAACGAGCAGCAGCCAAACAGGCCAAGGCUUCCUCACCUGAGGAGGCGGAGCUCAGCGAGGAGGAAAUGCCAAAGAAGAGGAGAAGGAAGAUGCACAAUGAAGAAGAAGCAGCAGCUCAGUCUAAAACAGAUGUUCCCUCAAAGCGGCCCACCGUUCAGCUGCAGAGUGAAUCCAACAGGUCUGAGGUGAGUGACGAGUCCGACAGCUUCAUCAUGGACGUGGAAGAGGAAGGAAGACGAGGAGAAACAUCUACAGCUGACAUAAACAACACGACGCGGGCGUGUGCAGUCAGUCAACCUGAGAAUGGGGACAGGAAGUUGAAAAAUGGCCAGCAAAUGACCAAACGAGCAGAGUCUGUGGGGUCAGACGGUAGCUCUGCGUCCAAACCAGCUCCAUCCAAACGGCAACUUUGUCCGUACGGGAAGGACUGCUACAGGAAGAACCCGGUCCAUUUCCAGGAGUGCAGUCACCCUGGAGACACGGACUACGAGGAGGAGGAGGAGGAGGAGGAGACGGAGGAGGCAGACCUACCUGAGUGCCCCUACGGCACCGACUGCUACAGGAAGAAUCCUCUUCACAGGAAGGAAUACAAACACACAAAGAAACCAGCCUCUACUAGACGCACGGUCCCCAAAAAGGCGCCCGCUGAUGAUGAAGAUGAGGAUGAGGAGUUCGGGGACGACGACAGCUUCAUUAAUGACGACAGCGAGGACGUGGGCGAUGACUCAGACUACGUCCCUCCUGACUCGGAUGAGAGCGGUAAGGAGGACAUCAAAAGGCUGCAGAGAGAAGCAAAGACCUUUCUGAAGAGGAGGAAGUAGACACAGAUCCUUUCUGUUGCUGUUUGUUGGGUUCAAAGCUGCAGCCUUCAGCCUUUUAAUGUGCACAGACACAGCGGCUGAAUGAUCUUAAAUCAUCUGGAGGAGCUGAGGCAGGUUCAUGUCCAGGUGGGAAUGAUGAAGUUGGAUCUAAUUUGAUCCAGUCCUCCAGGCCUGCUCAUCAACUUCAGUACUGUUUUAGUGCUGAGUAUACUGCAGGUCUUUACAGGUCCAAACUGAACCAGCAGAAAACCUUCUUUCAAACAAAUUGUUUGUUCUGGUCCUAAACAGAGAUGUUCAGUCCAGAUUGGAAUUUUAAUUGUGGCCCAGAUCGUGUCAGACAAAGUCACUUACCAAGAACCCAGACCAGAACUGGAUCUCUGGAGGGGCAAAUCAGGGAUCCUGGAUCUCAGGUGUAGCACCGAGUUCUGACAUUUGAUGCUCUCAAAGUUGUAUUGAGGGUUACACCACAACACAAACUGACUAACAACAACACAGACUGAAUAAAUUACAGGAAAACUAAAAGGAAAUUCAGGUAUUGUGGGCUACAAUUGCAGACCUGCAAAUAUCGAUAGAUAAAAUGAUAAAAGUAAGGUCGAUGUGCCUGCACUCCAUCAUUGUGAGUCAUGUUAUUUAUACUUAUGAUGUGAAAACUACUGAACUGUUAGUGAACACCAGCUUUCCUCUGGCAGAUUUAUGUUUUCAGAACUUUGGGAGCAUGAAAUAGAGGCUAGAUAAAAGCGUAGGAGUCCCAACCUUUAUUGAACCAUGAACCUUUUACAUGUUGACAGCAUUGUUGCAGAUAAAAGCAAAUAUCCAGACUUGUGGACGCAGUCUGUGUCCCUGGAUUAGAAAACCAGGUUUGUCUCUCAGUCUGUGCAGUUAAACUCCGGUUCAAGGUGACAAAUGGAGACCUCAAAGUAAAACAAUAGCAGCACUUUGAGCUCUUAGCUCUUGGCACUUAGAACUGUGUAGGGAUUCGUCCAGAAUGUAGCAGAAAUGGAAACUGCCAAAUUCCUUUUGAUUUUCAUUGUGUUUUAUAAUAUUCUUUUUUUGUUGUUGUUGUUUGGAUUUUAUUUCAGAUGAAGCUCCAAAUGUUCCAGAUUGAUUCUGUCUGUGUAAAUAUGUUGAAUUUAGGACUUUUAGAGUAAUUAUUAGUCUAUUUGUUGGACUGUUUUUCUUAUGUUGCAUAAAUACAUCUGAUGAAAGCAAAGAGUUUCCUAUCUUCAUUUCAUGGUGUUAUGAAACAUGGCUCCCCUGACAAAGGAGCCACCCACCAAACUCUGUACAAUUUUCUGACUAUUUUGCAUGAAAAACAUUUUACCUUCGCCUGUUAAUUAAUUGGCUGUCAAAUUAUAUUUUCUAUAAAUUUGAUCUUUCUACAUUAUGGCCUUGUGCCAAGUAUGUAAUGCUGUUGGAAAAUGCUUAAUUAAAUGUAUUUUUUAUUUUUAGGUUUUUACACCUUUACUUGACUAAGAGUCUAUAUACUAACAGCUUUGUGAGGCUUUACUAAAUGCUAACAUCAGCAUGCUAACACUUGCUAAUUAGCACUAAGUUUAAAGCACAGCUGAGCUGAUGGGAAUGUCAUCUGUUUUAAAGGUAUUUGGUCAUGAACCAAGUGUCCAUAUUAUGCAGAGUCACAUCCAAACUGAGACACGUUGUCCUUGAUCAUCAUUGCAGAAGACAUCUUCCUUCUGGACAGGUCACAAAUUAAAUGGAAUUAAAGAAAUCAUCUUUUUGCAUGAAGAGAAAAACAAAGCUACAACUUGAAGCAGCAUUGAACAGUAUGUGCAGCAGCAGUGGCCUCAUUACUGGACGCUUUUCAUGUGUUUUGGAC